UUCUUUUCGAUCGAGUCGUUCUUGUGACGGAAGCUCAUUCAGAUGGAAGCAGUGGUCCAGCAAGCCACAGCGCUGGAUCGCUUAUACGCGCCUGUGCGCUGCCGCAGCAACCGCGCCGCCGCCAUGGCCUACCCACUCAGACGUGAGGCGCUGCUGCAGGCGCGGCUCAAGACAUCCAAGGGCACGUCUGCCAACGCACUCGGACGCCUGGACUACCUCAUGAAGCGCGAGUCGCUGCUGCAUACGCAGUACGGCCAGGCACUCGUCGAGUCGGGCGCAGUCAUGCAUUCCCCGCCGUCGACCAUGUCUGCGUCCGUCAGCUUCCCGUCAGCCUCGUCCAGCAUGAUUGCAACGGCGAGCCAGCUGGUCGCAGGGGCCAUCCCGGCCUUCCGCGGGCGGGCGUCGUCCAACUCGUCGAUUACGAGCGACGCGAGCUCGGUGACGGUCCGAUCCACCUCGUCGGGCAGUCGCCUGGCAAACCGUGGUGGUGCACGCGGAGAUGAUUCCUCGUCGUCGUCUGCCUCAGUCGCAGCAAGUGGCGAGCAAGUCUCGGCCGCCGAAGAGCAACAGCUCAUUGCCGCUCGCCUGGCCGCUUCGUUGCGUCCUGGCGCUUCUAUCGCGCUGGGGAUGCCUGCAGGUGGGCCGUCGGCGCUGUCGUCUCUCACCGCAUCGUCGUCAGCCGAGCCAAAGCGGCCUCCGGCACCGGUUGGAGUGUCCCGAUACACCACCUACCAACCGUACCACGUCUUUUCGCAUCACUUUGCGUCCGUCAUGUCUGUCGCUUUUGCGCAUUAUGAUCGGGACUUGAUUGCGCUCGGGUCAAAUGACGGCUCUGUGAGCGUGUGUCGUGCCUGGAACGACCCAGGCAUUGUGCACAUUCUGCGCCACGACUUGGCGACAACGCGACUGCCCUCGGGCACAACUGCCGCAACCUUCGCGUCGCCGCAUGCCGUGACAGACGUGGACUGGUCGGCCACCAAUGAGCACGUUCUCUCUUGCUCACGCGAUGGCACUGCCAGAGUGUGGGACUUGGUCUCUGGAAGCUGCGCGCGCAUUCUCGGCGCCCCCUCGGGUCCUGCCAUCACUGCCGGUCGGUUCCAUCCAGUGAACAACAACAUGAUUGUGCUUGGUAACGCACGCGCCGGCGUUGAGUUUUACAACAUGUCGACGGGCAAGCCAUUCAAGGGCAGCCAAGUGGCCGUGAACGGCGCCGUCAAGUGCUUCGAGUUCAACCCCAACGGCUCCUUCCUCUGGGCGGGCGAUGCCCAGGGCAAUGUCACAAUGUUUUCCGUCGACAUGGCCAGCGGCAAGCUCGUGCGGCUGUGCAAGACCACUGUGGGCACGACGCCAAGCCAGGCCGUCACGAGCAUCCGUUUCCGCGCCGGCUCCAGCACGAUUCCCACAUCCUCUGCCUCGUCGGUCGCUUCUGCCAGUACCGUCACGGCGGCGACUACAGCAGAGCAGCCGUCUCUAUUGCUCGUCAACUGCCGCGGCCAAAACGCGGUGACCUUGUUUGCCGUGUCUGGCGGCUCCAAGCCCGGCCUGCAAUCCAUCCGCACCUUCCCGGUGCCCAACCCCGACCUCGAUUUGCGCAGUCGCUGGAGUCCAUUGCUGGUUGCCGCUGCGCCCGGCAGUGCCGAUGUGUUUGCUUCCGGAAGCGAGGACCACGCCGUUCACUUGAUCAACGCCGGGGCAAGCGAAAACGAGCCAAAGUUGAUUGCCAAGUUACAAGGGCACAGUGCACCCAUCCUCGACGUUGACUUUAACUAUGACGAGAGCUUACUCGUGUCUGUCGAUGCAAAGGGCAUUGUUCGCGUCUGGAAGCGCGGGCGACAACAAUAAACACUGCUGUUGAUAUGA